AUGGAGUGGACUACAAAUUUUCUUGUUUGGUUGAUUAUCCCUUUCUUAUCAGCACUGCUCUUGCUACUUCACCGGCUAAAGUCCGGCUUUAAUAAGCAUCUGCCACCGGGACCGCCGGGAUGGCCAAUUUUCGGAAAUAUUUUCGAUCUGGGAACAUUACCACACCAAAAACUUGCUGGCCUAAGAGACACGUAUGGGGACGUCGUGUGGCUAAAUUUAGGUUAUAUUGGGACGAUGGUGGUUCAGUCCUCUAAGGCGGCCGCUGAACUGUUCAAGAACCAUGACCUUUCUUUCUCGGACCGGAGCAUCCACGAAACCAUGCGAGUUCACCAAUAUAACGAAUCCUCUUUGUCCCUGGCUCCAUACGGUCCAUACUGGCGCUCACUGAGACGUCUGGUGACCGUGGACAUGCUGACCAUGAAGCGAAUCAACGAGACUGUCCCGAUUCGUAGAAAAUGCGUGGAUGAUUUGUUAUUGUGGAUAGAAGAGGAGGCACGGGGGAUGGAUGGAACGGCGACUGGUUUAGAGUUAGGUCGCUUCUUCUUCCUUGCCACAUUCAACAUGAUCGGAAACCUUAUGCUGUCACGAGACCUAUUGGAUCCGCAAUCGAGGAAGGGGUCGGAGUUCUUUACAGCAAUGCGCAUAUCGAUGGAGAGCUCGGGCCAUACCAACUUUGCUGAUUUCUUUCCAUGGCUUAAAUGGUUGGACCCGCAGGGCUUAAAGAAAAGAAUGGAGGUUGAUCUUGGAAAAUCCAUAGAAAUUGCUUCCGGCUUCGUUAAGGAGCGUAUGAGACAAGGGCGAGCGGAGGAAAGCAAGAGGAAGGACUUCCUGGAUGUGCUGUUAGAGUUUCAAGGUGAUGGAAAGGAUGAAGCAACUAAAAUUUCCGAGAAGGGCAUCAACAUAUUCAUAACGGAAAUGUUCAUGGCUGCAUCAGAAACCACUAGCAGCACCAUGGAAUGGGCUAUGACUGAGCUCCUGCGCAGUCCUGAGUCCAUGACUAAGGUUAAGGCAGAGCUUGGUCGAGUUAUUGGAGAAAAAAGGAAGCUUGAAGAGAGCGACCUGGAUGAUCUCCCAUAUUUACAUGCUGUGGUGAAAGAGACACUACGAUUGCAUCCUGCAGCUCCAUUCCUAGUUCCACGAAGAGCAGUUGAAGAUACUAAAUUCAUGGGGUACCACAUACCCAAAGGCACGCAAGUAUUCGUGAAUGUUUGGGCAAUUGGAAGGGAAGCCGAAACUUGGGAUGAUGCACUAUGUUUUAAGCCAGAGAGGUUUGUAGACUCAAACAUGGAUUAUAAGGGCCAAAAUUUCGAGUUCAUCCCAUUUGGCGCAGGGCGAAGGAUUUGCGUAGGAAUUCCAUUAGCCUAUCGAGUGCUACACUUUGUGUUGGGGUCGCUGCUUCAUCAUUUUGACUGGCAACUUGAGCGUAAUGUCACGCCAGAGACAAUGGACAUGAAAGAGAGGCGCGGAAUCGUAAUCUGCAAGUUUCAUCCAUUGAAAGCUGUACCCAAAAUUAAGCCUAUCUCUACCUGA